AUGGUAUCACCGGCGGGGCUAGUGGCAGAGAAAGCAGCAGCGACAGCUUUCGCAAACGUCGUCAUGGGGAGACUGAAUAGGGAGCUCGGCAAGAAGUACGACAUGUGGAAGAACAUCAAAACUGAAAUCUCAUCUCUUCAGACAGACCUUGGCAUCCUGGCCGCAGCCGUAGAUGACCACCAGAGCAUGGCUGCCCCUCCUCGCACAGCCGUCGCGAGGGUGUAUGGCGAGGAGAUCCGUGAGCUGACCCAUGAUAUCGAGGACUGCGUCGAGCGCUUCCUGCACCGCGUCACCUGCAAGCCAGGAACAUCGCGGGCUCGCCGGUCCGCUCAUGCCAUCCGGACGUUCCGCACCCGUCUCAGGUUUGCUGCCAAGAUCAAGGAGUUCAGGAACCGCGUGGCCGAAGCACGCAACCGGGCGUUGAAUGCUGCCAUGCUCCCUGAUGGUGCCCAAGCAUCGAACAACGAGACCAUGCACCAAUCAGCGGGAUUUGUGCAGGAUUGCUGUCAUCCUGUGGGUAUCGCGGAGGCCACCAUGGAGCUUCGCAGGCUGCUCAACAUCGAACCAAACGAAGAUGAAGCAGAGGGCACAAGUAACAACACCCUGGCUGCACCUCAGCUACGGGUGGUCGCCAUAGUUGGAUUUGGUGGUUCAGGAAAGACAACCCUUGCAAAGGCAGUCUACGAUACUGUCCACAAUGAAGGAUCACUCCAUUGUGUUUGGGUUGAUGGGCACUCAUUGGAUAAUAAGGAUGCCAAUGGGAUCGUCAAACAUAUACAAGAAAAGCUUCAGCUGGGGGAAGGGUCUUCCACAACAUCUCCCACAGAAUACCACAAGGACAGGUGAGGGUGAUUAAAUCCUAGGCAUCAAUUAUUUUUGGUUUCACACUCCUGCCUACUCAGUAGUACAGGCUAGUCAAUCUUUUUCCU